AUCCAUACAACUUCAACCAGCCAGACAUGCCCCUCACACGUGAUGACGUGAUGCCAGUUGCAAGCCAGGAAGAGGAAGACGGUUGACUGAGAGACAAAAACAAAUUGGAAGAAAUACUUUGCCUCAAAAUAAAUUGUCUGAUUUCGCACUGUCACUACAAACGGAGUCCACAAGCUUCGGGAAAUGGACGACACACUCUUCCAGUUGAAGUUCACAGCCAAGCAGCUGGAAAAGCUAGCCAAAAAGGCAGAGAAAGACUCCAAGUCAGAGCAGUCAAAGGUUAAGAAGGCGCUGCAGCAGAAGAAUGUGGAGUGUGCGCGGGUAUAUGCAGAGAACGCCAUCCGGAAGAAGAACGAGGGGCUGAACUGGCUCCGCAUGGCCUCCCGCGUCGACGCCGUCGCCUCCAAGGUGCAGACUGCAGUCACCAUGAAGGGGGUAACAAAGAACAUGGCGCAGGUGACUAAGGCCUUGGACAAGGCCCUAGGCUCCAUGGACCUGCAAAAGGUGUCGGCUGUCAUGGACAAGUUCGAGACGCAGGUCCAGAACCUGGACGUCCACACCUCCGUGAUGGAGGACUCGAUGAGCUCGGCCACCACGCUGACCACGCCCCAGGAGCAGGUGGAUGACCUGAUCGUGCAGAUCGCGGAGGAGAGCGGGCUGGAGGUGAUGGACCAGCUCAACCAGCUGCCCGCCGGAGCCACGUCCCUGGGAGAGGGCUCCUCCCGCUCGCAGGACAAGGAGGACCUCCUGUCCCGCAGAUUGGCUGCCUUGCGGAACUGAAGCCCUCUCAUUGGCUGCCACCAAUGAGGAAAGAAGAGAGGAGCUGAGAUUCUAUCACCCUGCCUGUACCAUCCUAUCCUCCCCCCAUCCCCCACCCCCUCCCCCCCUCCCAUUUGCUCUAGGUAAAGCAGGGUGAGAGGAGGAUAUAUGGGGGUGGGGGGAGCCCACCCACAAACACCACAUGUAUGCCUAACACACCUUCUCACAAUGUCCGUUUCAACAUCUCUCUCUCAUGCUGUCUUUCCUAGAGGAAUGAUAAUGAGGUGCAUUUUAAAAUGGAAGCUGUAAUCAUUUAGGGGACGAUGUAUUUCUCUGUGAGACUCUACUGAGGGGCAGACUCAGAACUGUAGGUCACAUCAUGGAGCCUCCUGGGAUUUUUAAAUAUAAAUAUAUAUAUAUGUACGUAUUUUGCUUUUGUUUCUGAUGAAAUGGGGUCAGGGACGCAUGUCAGGUUUUUGGGUGGGGCGGGGGGGGGGGGUGUAAUGACCGGUAUUGAGCCUCUUGGGGGUAACCGUGGGUAACAGAGCUGGAAACAUCACAUUAUCUGUAUCAUGUACAUUGUGAAGUACAACACUAAGACACCUGACUGUCUGUGUCAAUGUUUACUGCUCACACAGGCAAACCUCUGAACACACACAGAUACAUACUCACACGCACACACGCACACACACACACACACACAGCGUUUGCAGACACGGGCGAAAAACAGCCUUUCCCUGCUUUGAAUCGGUUUCUCCACUGUUCACGCCUGAUCUGCCCUGCUUGAUUAUUCAUGCCUUAUUGGGGUGCAGGUUGUUGCCUCGGUACUCUGCUUUAGUGCCUGAGUGAGACAUUUUGGGAGAGAGGACAGACCUGUGGAUGGACAGAGGUACUGGCGUUCCGCUGUUCCUGUCGAGGACGUCCUCUCAUUUGGUCGCAGAGAACAACUUCCUCUGGUUUUUCUCUCUUUCUUGAUCUCUUUAUGAUUUUAUGAUUUAUUUUUUUUGCCCGGGGUGGAUAUUUAUGUUUGGAUUUUUGUUAAAAUUUCAUUUGUUUUGGUUUUCUAUGUUUAUAUUCGAAAAAUAAACCCUCUGUUACCAACAUA